AUGUAUCGAUCGGAGCUUGAUGGAUCACAUUCGGACACACAGACAUUCGCCAAGCCUCUCGUGGACAACUGCACAUUGUCUGACCUUGACCUACUUCUGGUUGCCGACGGUACAGCGUCGGAGCUUUAUUGGGACCAAGGUCGAUUUUUCCGGAAUCUUCUCGAUAUUUUCGACCUGGGAAAGGAAGAUGAUUUUACAAGGGUGAACGUGUCGAUUGUGGCAGCUUGUCCCGAGAACGAAACCUCAACAGUGCCUCUGCACCCUCUCGCCGCCUUUGGGCAGUUCUCCAACAAGACAGAUCUCCGAAACGCCAGCUACUUAGGGAACAACAGCUUGCACUGUACGUCUGGGCAUGUUCAAGACAUUCAAAACGCAGCCUUGAAAUUUCUGCGAAACUCCUCCUGCAAGUCUAAGUCCUCACCUUCUUCUGUAUCAUCAUUCUCACGUUCUUCCUUGGUGAUAAUUUUAAUACAGUCGCACAGGGUGCACACAAAGAUGAUUUCCAGCUCAGAAAAAACGUGGGCCCAGUCUAGAAACGUCAGAAUGCUCACCGUUUUCCUCACUCACGACAGUCUGUACAAUAUCGAUCAGGAAUGCGCACGGUGCGAGGAGGGGCCACUGUACGGGAAAGUUAUCGAAAGCUCCAAGAGGCUUUUCCCGGUUGACCAGGCCAUCCCUCUGAUCAUCUGUCGUGAGUGCUACCCAGGGUGGAUAUUCCACUCUCUGUCGGGGGCGAAAAGUUCGCCGUUGCUAGCGAUCUCUUCUUGUUACAAAUUUUUGGAUCUCGAAGACAGGAACUGGAUGACAGCAAGCCUGGCCUGCAUGGAAAAACAUAUGUCAUUUCUAGUGAGCAUAGAAAGCAAAGAAGAGCUGGGAUUCUUAGAAAAUAUGAUCCGUGGAAACAGCACCCUCGUUCAGAGCGGUGUGAACGUUUUUAUAGGAUUGAAAAGAAAAUUGUCAUCGCUACAACGAGAGUUCGAAUGGAUCAGCACAAAUCCUUUGGUAUUUCCUUUCUGGAAAGAAGGAGAGCCGUAUGGACGCAAAACUAAAGAAUGUGCAGUGUGGGAGUUUGCCAAGCCUGCUAAAAGCACAGGUGCUGGUAACGUAUCUGAGGGGUGGAGUGGAAUAGGUUGUGGUGUUACGGUUCCUAGCAUAGCCGUGUGCGAAAGUCAAGCAUGGGUGUCCCCCUCGAAGCGCAGAGUCAUGACACCCAGCGUAAGCCAGAGAAAAAAGAAGGAAGCUCUUCAAAAGGGCGAUAUUGUGUUUAACGUUACGUCGGGGAUCAAAUCUGUAGACGAAGGCUUCUUCUCCUCAAGCACUUUAAUGGCAAAAUUGACAUGGAUUGUACAGAAGAAGUCAAAGGAGUUUUAUUUUUCUGUUUAUCUGAAAAACAAAGAAACGAAAUCAUUAAAAGCUAGCGACAUCAAGCUUUUUAGAUGUAUAACUGGAGAUAAGAUUCCUUACUCGUAUGUAGCUGACAAUAUUCCCCAGUGCAAACUCUUUAUGGAUGAUGAAGUAAGUCAUAAGAACAAUAUAUAUUAUUCGGAAAAACUCUUUACCUGCGCGUCGGGACAGAAAGUGCCUAUCAAUGAACACUGUGACUCCUUUCCCGACUGCCCUGACGGGAGUGACGAGAAAGACACAUGUAUCAGCUGUAAUCACAAGAUGUGCCCGAGCGGGGAGUGUCUGCCCUUACACUGGUUCUACGACGAUGUCCCAGACUGCACCGAGUGUCAGAGCCACUCGCAAACUAACAGUGACAGCACUGAGAGCGACGUCGACUGCGUCUUCCUGUGCAACAGAACGGCGUGCGUGAGCCGUGCAAUGUUGGGAGACGGCUUCGUCGACUGUCAGGGACCUGAAGGUCCACUGGACGAAACAAUUGGCUCUCUGGAAUCCACGACAUGUAGGCCUACUAGUAUUAGCUCUAACUCUAGCCUUGAUAAAUCAGGCAUCACUAACUGGGGACCGAAGUGUGUACUCGUGGACGAUGUCUACGGAGGGAUCCUAGGCUGUAGAAAUUUCCAACAUCUUCAAGACUGUGAAAAGUUUGUAUGCCAAGAGGGCUUCGUCAAAUGCCCCAACUCCUACUGUAUCCCUCUGCAGUACGUAAACGACCAGAAACGACACUGUCCAAUGGGUGAGGACGAAACAGAUAUGAAAUUAAAUUGUACGGACCUGUUCAGGUGUUCGAUCACCAGCGAUGGGGUUUGUCUGCAUCCCGACAGUGUCUGCGACGGCAAACGAGACUGUGAUACCGGAGACGAUGAGCUGAACUGUCACGUGGAAUGCCGGGAGGGGUUUCUGUGUGUGGCUGGCACUGUGGUCACGACCGACUAUAACAAGAGCAUUCCGCUGACAGACUUGGAUUUUAUUGAUAAGGGGACCAGGUAUCUGGAUCUCAGCGGGGUGGAUGUAUCUGGCGCUAUCGGUACUUUUGUCUGCCAAAACUGGAAGCUCAAGCACUUGAAUCUGUCUCAGUGUAAUAUAAAUGGAACAGACUCAAACUUAUGCACGAAGUCAGAAUGGUUGUUUUUAAGUGUUUUAGAUUUAAGUUUCAAUCCUAUAGACGACGAGACGGUUAUGGAUGUAUUUCAGAGCGUUCCUUUCAUACAGUACCUCAACCUAUCCAAUUGCGAAAAGCUCAAGUCCUUGAAAAUCCCAAACAUAGAAGAGCUUAAGGAAAUAGACUUGUCUUACAGUGGUAUAACGCAUCUGCAGUUCGCCGGCAAUUUCAAAUACUUGAACAGUAUAAACUUAAGAGGUUCCAAAAUAUCGGAACUGAAAUCAGGAAUGUUUCCCAAAUGUAUUGCCGUCUUAGACCUUCGCGAUCUCGAGCUGGAACGAGUCGACCCAGAUUCCUUCCAGGAUGUGCAGAGAAUUGGCUCUCUCUACACGAGCACGUACAAGCUGUGCUGCCCGCAGUACCACGACGGGGGGCGGGGGCUGACGAGGUGCCACUCUCCAAACGACCCCUUCUCCUCCUGCUCCGACUUGAUGGAAGGUGUGACCAUGAGAGCUCUGAUCUGGAUCAACGGCUUGUUGGCCCUGGUCGGGAAUGUGGUGGUGGUUGUCAACCGUUUGGUGUACAACCGCUGUGCUCUCAGAAUGGCGUACGGCCACUUCGUGGUGCACUUAAGCAUCUCCGACUUCUUCAUGGGGGUUUACCUGUUGGUCAUCGCCUCCGCCGACAGCUAUUUCCGGGACAUCUACUACAUGAGCGAGCGCUCCUGGCUCCACAGCGGCCUCUGUAAGUUCGCCGGCUUCCUCUCCACAUUGUCUAGCGAGACGUCCAUGUUUUUCAUCCUUCUCAUCACCCUGGACAGAUUCCUCGUGAUCAAAUUUCCCUUCGGGCAGUAUCGAAUAUCCCUCCCAUUCGUCCACGUCCUCUCCGUUAUGGCAUGGGUACUUGGUCUGUUUAUUUCCCUGGCCCCGUUCCUGCCCCCGUUCCAGGACUGGCAGAUGUACAGCUUCAACGGCGUCUGUAUCGGCCUGCCACUAGGGGACAGAACUCUCCUAGGAUUCCAGUUCUCGGUGGCCGUUUUUGUGUACCUGAACCUCGGUCUGUUCAUCCUCAUCGCUGUGGGUCAAGUGGUCAUCUUCAGGGCCGUGGGUGAAACAAGACGUGGCGCGGCUCACAAGACCAGCAAGCCCAUCGUCAGACGGGCAGAGGACAUAGAGGUGGCCAAACGUCUGUUCCUGGUGGCGGCCUCCGACUUCAUGUGUUGGUUUCCUGUGGGGGUCAUGGGGCUCGUCUCUCUCCUGGGCUACCAGCUGGGCUAUCACGCUUACGCCUGGGCGGCUAUCCUGGUCAUACCGAUCAACUCCGCCAUCAACCCCAUCCUCUACAACGCAGCAAACAUCGUGAGCGGCUGCAAAACUGUGUACCAGAAAACCCAAAAGCUGUACUCCACCUACAUGUAUACAACUGAGGGCUCUCAGCCCAACACCGAUGGAAGCCGAGGACAGUAAUUUGAGUAAUUAUAUAUAUAAAUGUACAAAGUUAUGUACGGAUUUAAAGAUAGGACUGUCGUAUUGCAUGUUUUCACCAAAUGUAUCAAAUCAUGAUCUACAAAAUGAAGGCAAUAAUCAAUUACUUGUUACUUUGAUUUUUGGUUUAUAGAUAAAGUGAAAGUAUGACUGAAGCCAAAGUCGGAUUACCACAAAAGACUUGAGUACGCCUGUAAAUUUCAGUGAAAACUUAAACAUAGGUGCAUAGGCCUAAUAAUCCUCCUAGAUUUAUGUGAUUUUUUUUAAAGGGGGGUGGGGGGAGAUCAAGAUCGGUGACUUUUGUUCGGUUCACUUCGCCGUAUUCGGCACUAAUAUAAUCGAAUAGUAUUAGUAAUACAAAUCAUCUACAUGUACUCUCCCCCACACCCUCUUUUAAGUCUUUUAGUAAAUCUUACAUUCCUAACUCUCUACUAUAAAUCUAAUUCUGUUUUUCUGGCCACAGAUGGUUAUUACAGUGGCUUGCCUCAAUUUUUAUAUUAUCAUUAUUAUCAUCAUUAUAAUUAUAGCUUGUUUGCUUUUAUCUGUCCGCUCUAAAAACCCAUUCUAGCUCAUUUAUUAAUUUGCCAACGCGCACGUAACUUUGCAUAGCCAGUCCAGUAGGUCAGCGAUCAAACCAUGACAUUACUAAACAUUUGAUUUUUUACCUCCUCUGUCUGAGCCACGUCGAGCGGAGAUGCAAUUUUCUGAGUUGGUAGGCCAACUAAGCAGCUCUUUCAACUGGGAUGUUUAUAUUUAUAGUUGACCUUUCUCACCCUGCACCACGGUAUAGGCCACGGACAAACACUUUGCACUUUUCUCUAUCCUGGGCUAGUGUUUAAAGUAAUUGAUCAAAAUAUCAGGGUUCCCUGGACUCCCUGGACUCCCUGGACUCCCUCCAUCCACCUUUUGCGUGGUCUUCCUCUUCCUUUAUACUAGCCUGAGAAUUUGCUGUUAUAGGUUUUCGACUCAUUUCGAGACUGGCUCGAGUGACAUUCAUAACAGGCGGUCGUUUGUUCUCUAUUUUUCCACGAAAUGCAGAUAGGAAUCUGCGCCAAUACACACGUAGCUGCUCUUAUUUCUACAUUUCUAUGCCUGUCUCUUCUUGUGAUGUUAAAGUUAAAAGUUUUGCGGUGACAUUUCCUCUCACUUGCAUUGAUUUUACUUUCAUGUCUUGUCGUAGGCCUACAUGUACUUAAUAUCCAUGUCUGGCACUGGUAGUAUAGUAACAAUGCUGGUAUAAUAAAUGUGAAGUGUGCUGACAAAAUGAGUUACUUCUCGGAUUCAAGCCUUAAUGAAAUAGAUACGUGCUUAAUGCUUAUUGGUACAGCUUUUAUAAUUUAUAAGUAUGAAAAAAAAAUAGGCGUGUUAUACAUAAAUAAUAGGGCAU